UGCUUUAGCCUUGGCUGGGGUUCAGUGUUGUACAGUAAUAGCGCAGCCGCAGAGGUCGGGAAAAUCACUAGGAAAGGAAACUGGCUAACCGUUCAAGUCUCCAUCGCAGAAAAAAGUGGAUACAAAAACCGAGAAGCGCUUAAUUCGUAUUAAAGCCGAGGUGAAAAUGGCGACGCUGGGACCGGACUCCCGUCCCCAUCCCCAGCUCGCUUCUGGCUCGGUUCAGAGUAAUUUGGGUUCCCAAAACAACAUGCCCCUUAACAGGGGUUUGGAAAGGGCUUUUGAGGAGGCGGCCAACUCGGGCUUUUUAAACCUCAGCGCCAGAAAACUGAAAGAAUUCCCGAGCAGCGCGGCGAACCACGACCUGACUGACACGGUGGAGGCAGACCUGUCCAGGAAUCGCCUGACUGACAUCCCCAUGGAGGUGUGCCAGCUAGUUUCCCUGGAGACCUUGAACCUCUACCACAACUGUGUCAAAACCAUUCCUGAUGCCAUAGUCAAUCUACAGACACUCACUUCCUUAAACCUGAGCAGGAACCAGCUGUCAGCGCUGCCGGCGUGUGUGUGUGGCCUGCCCCUCCGUGUGCUCAACGCCAGCAACAACAAGCUGGGCUCCCUCCCCGAGGCCCUCGGACAGCUCAGCGGCCUCAUGGAGCUGGAUGUCAGCUGUAAUGAGCUCACCGCCCUCCCCCGCCACAUUGGCAGGCUGAAGGCCCUGAGGGAGCUCAAUGUGCGGAGGAACCAGCUCUGCAUUCUCCCAGAGGAUCUGGCAGAGCUUCCCUUGGUGAAAUUUGACUUCUCCUGCAACAAAGUGUCCAGCAUCCCAAUAUGUUACAGGAAGAUGGUGCAGCUGCAGUCCCUGCAGCUGGAGAACAACCCACUGCAGAAUCCGCCUGCACAGAUCUGCACCAAAGGGAAGGUGCACAUAUUCAAGUACCUGACCAUGGAGGCGUGUCGCCAUGACAAGGGCUCCGAGUUGCUCUACCUGCCCGCAAUGGAGAGGCUAAAUCUGCCCCGGCCGGCAGCUGGAAGCAUCGAGGACAUCGACCAGAAUAAGAAACACGACACCGACUCUGGAGUUGGCAGUGAUAAUGGAGACAAACGGCUAUCGACCACCGAGCCCUCGGACGAGGACAGCCUGAGCUUGAGCGCCCCCAUGUCCCACAUCACUGAGGAAGACGGCCUGAGCAAAGACGACUCCAGCGAGCACAUCAGCGCUCUGACGGCGGACCCAGUGAGGCCGAGCUCAGGUCGCAGCAUAGAGAACCUGACAAAGAGGCACGGGUACGAGGACCCAUCACUCAGCUCACCAUUCAUCACCUACAUCAAGGACCGGGCCGCAGGUUUCGACGAGCCCCUCCGGAUAGAGGAAGACCCCAGCUGGGCAGCGCAGCGCAUGUCAAAGGUCACAGAGGAGAGCCACUUUGGCAUGAUCAGUCAGCUGAGGGAGGCGGUGGAGCUGCUGCAGCACCCCAACAGAGUAACAAUGGAGUCUGCCGAGCUCUCAGAAGUACAGCUGUACCCUGUGAAGAUGGUCAUGCUGGAGGAGUCAUUCAACGGGCAGGACUGUGAGAAUGGACAAGUUACACCUAAGAGUGAAAUUUCUGAUGGAGGGCUUGAGUUCCAGAAGAAAAGGGAAUUGAUUCUAGAGAGGACCAGACUUGAAGCCCAACUUGCAUGCCGACAGUUUGAGAGACACGUGUCUCACCAGAUGCACUCAGGUGACCAAAACGAGAACCAGCAGGAUCAUGUGGACACGGGGGAAGACAAAAGCUCAGCCUCUUCAACACCAGUGAACUCCCCACCCUUUGGCCUGAAGCCCAGGUCAGCCCCCGCCUUGCUGUCUUGCUAUUCCCCGCCCUGUCUCCGCCCCCUCACACAGGCCACUCCUGCUGAUAGAGACACCCCUACUAAGGCAGAUGAAGGAGGCAUGAGAAACAUUGUGUUUAUGCGGAAUUCAAAGAGUCUGGAGACGCUGGACCCUCAGUUCACCAUCCGCCGUAAGAUGGAGCAGCUGCGGGAGGAGAUGGAGCUGACGGAGCAGCUGAGAGAGAAUAUUGAGAGCAGGCUGAAGAUGUCACUGCCUGAAGACCUUGGCUCGUCUCUCAUGGACGGGGUGGUCCUGUGUCACCUGGUCAACCACAUCCGCCCCCGUGCUGUCGCCAGCAUCCAUGUGCCCUCACCUGCUGUGCCUAAGCUGAGUAUGGCCAAGUGCCGGCGAAACGUAGAGAACUUCCUGGACGCCUGCCGCAAGCUGGGGGUGCCUGAGUCUGCCCUCUGCUCCGCGUACGACAUUCUGCAAGGGGACGUGCGGCCCGUCCGGAAAUCAGUCCGCGCCCUGGUGGCUCUCGACACUGACAAAGAGAGCAAGACUGAGAGCGAGCCUGUGGGUGUGGAUGCACCCGCAAGCCCCGCCCCUCAGGCUCCGCCCACUGGCUGGCGCAUCUGGGACUGGAUCAGCUCCAGCCUAUUGCACGUCUUCUGUCUGGUCCUGCUCUUUGUGGCGUACAACUGGAGUGAGCUGAAAUAACAUGACCUUGACUCUCGGCCUGCAUGCAGCCGCCACCUCUCCGCCUCUUCUUCCCUCUUUCUCUUCCUCAUUUUCUCUUAUUGGUAGCAUCCUUUUAAGUUCCCCGCACAGAGGAUAAGGUUUAGGUAGCGCUCUCAAAAGAUUUGUGCAAUCUUAAGGCAAAACCACACCCAAAAACUGGUAUGGGGGUUUCGUCUAAGGUUGGAGGAAGUCCCACAGUGCAUAUACACCCACACACACACACACACACACACACACACACACACCCAGGAGGACAUAUAUACAUGAUAGCAAUAUGGGACAGAGAGUUGGGAGUGGGACAGAGGGAGCUGUUUGUACUGUAUAGCGCUGAGACACAGCUCUUUCUAACUGCUUUUAGGGGCUUCCCCGUCUUGUUCCAGACAGCCAAUGCUGCUCAGUUGGCUGCCUCAUCUCGUCACAUCGGGAAAGCACCUGUGACAUAGAGCAGGCCGGAAGAGCAACGCUGAAAUAGCCUUAGUCUAGCCAGCGGGGCUCAGCCUUGCUUUAGGUUUCUCAAUCCAGUGCUCAGGGACCCCCAGAUGGUCCAUGUUUUUGCUCCCUCUCAGCUCCCUACCAGACAGUGCCUGAGCACCGGAUUGAGGAACAUUGCUUUGGACUGUUGCAAAUGCAACACAGGCUUUGAAACUUGAAAACCAAGUAAUUCUGCUUACUUAUUUCCAUUGAAAGGACAUGUUAGCAGCUUGGACAAGUACAGUAGCCCUGAGGACCCCUGUAGCCUCCUUGCUAAGCUGCACAGUCACAUAAUGGCUUCACUUGUUAUACUCCCAAAGGCUCUGGGGAAAGCUUCAUGUCACACUCAGCUACAGGAACUACAUGCUCUGUUGUCUUAUUGCUUUGUCGCCCAAGACCAAAAUGUCACUCUCGAUAUUGCUAAACCCUCCAGGUAUAUGACAGUACCAUAUUUUGCCAUGAAGUCCAGGUACACAUCAGAAGACUCACUACUUGCAACACUGACAAUUCCUCCAGAGAUUUGAAGAUAAUGUUUCUGGGCUGAAAUAAUAUUUCUGGGCCUCUGACUCUCUGCCAACAUUUAUCCAAAUUUCUGUGACAAACACAUCCCUGAUGUUUCCACAUGUUCAUUGAGCGGCCUCAAUGGGGAUGUUUCAGUAGAGAACAUCUCCCAGAUGAUGAAUAACAUGAAAGACUCAUGUUUUUUUUUCCUUCAUUUCAUACAGAGAACAUUGAGUAGACGAGUUGAAUUGUGUUGUAUGACACAUUCUCACACAGAACUGUGAUAACAAUGAUAUUAGCUUCUGUUCAGACUUAAUACCCAUAAUUCUGCACUAAUGUGAGGCUUUUAUAAGGAGCUGUCAGUGUUGUUUUCUGAGCUCAGUAAACUGCCAGACUGUUGUGCAAAGGUUGUUGUUUUUUCUCUCUGCACACACACAACAGAUGACCGAUAUCUGAACGGCUUACAAAGCAUCAAAUCAAAAGGGCUUUAUGGUUCAGAAUGUAUAUCCAGUACCUGUAAGCUGCCAGAUCUGUAUUCCUGUUAAUUGAGCGAUUUUUGGCCUUCCUUUAUCUUUAUUGCUAUGCUCUUUGAUUAUAAUGCAGCAAUAAAGUGCUGUCCUCAGACAGAGAGAUGACUGUUCCCUAAUCAGCUCCUCCUAGUGGCUCAUAAACACUACAGAUCAUCCUGCUUUCUGAUUUGCCCUGAUUUUUCCUUAUGUUCCACAGGCUUUUAGAUAUUCCGCUGUUGCCAUGCCAACCAGUAGUGUUUAUUUUGGGCUCAUUUGCUGCUUCCAAGGCUUUAAUUCACUCAGCAUUGAUGUGGAUGCUUUUGUGAUGCUUGUAUUUUUAUGACCUAUAUGGUACUGUAUAUUGCACAGGUAAUAAAUGUAUAGUUUGGAUUACUUUACUGCUCUGUGUCAGGCGGUGAGCUCCUGGAGAGGGGGGGGGGGCGAUAAGGAGACAGUGGUGCUGGUUUUUCACCUUGACUGAACAUUGUCCCAAAUUAUAUCUUUUGAAAAAAGAACAGAUGGUCUCUCUUAAGAAAAAAAGGAAUGUGAUGAAACUGCAGGAUUUUUUACAAGAGUGACAGUGUAAGUAUUUGUACCUGGAGCAUGAAAUGCUGUGAUUUGGACAGUCCAUGCGGCGAGGGCCUGGAUCUGACUCCCACCUCAUGCUGGGGACAUGUUUGCAUAUUUGCCGUGGUUCAGCAUGUGAAAGAUAGAUACCUGAUGAGAUUCACAAUGCUGUUACAUCAUGGCUCUCAAGCUUUAGUAGACCAAAAACAAAGGGGUUUUUGUAUGUUCCGCCUCUGUCUACCUGCCAGUCAGAUAAGCCACUGCUUUCCAGGACUUUUAUUUAUUAUGAUGGGACGAGCGCUGUGCUCGGCCGGUGGCAUAAAGACGAGGACAGACAUACAGGGGAAAAAUGCCACCCACCCAAAUGAGCUUGGGGGUCGACGCCGCCUCCACACUGCCGGGACGCCCCACUCAUUGCACGCCCCCCCGUCCCCCGGAGUGGGACUUCCUGUGUUCAGUUCAGGGAUACUGUCACCAAAGUAAAGAGCGACAGAGUCUCUCACAACUCUGAGCUUUCAUUUUAGAGCUUAGAAACCAGGACAACAGUUGGUGCCUUCAUAUUUAUAUUUAUUCAUUAAAGUAAUAAUUAAAUUGUAUUUAUUUAUCAAAUUUUUUAAAAGAUGUUGAUACAUUUCUUGUGUUUGUCCUCUUGGUGUCUCUCACAUAUGUAAGUGUGAACAUCUGUGCAAACACUGUGCCACACCACAUCACACUAGCACACGUGAAAGGAAUACCCAUGAGAGGGACACGUACACAUGUGACGGUGACACAAACACAUAUGGCUCUUUUGUUUAUGCUCUCAGUUCCCUUCCUGGACAGUCAGACCAUAUUGAUUUUGUCUCUUUUUCGCACUGCCUGCUUUUCCUCCCUCUCCUUCGUCCUCUCUCUUCCUCUCUCCCUCCUUUCUUCCGCUGUCUGUCACAGGAGAAGCUGUGCCUUCCUCACCACAUACUUGAAGAGAAGGGCCUGAUGAAGGUCAGCACCACCGUACAGGCGCUGGUGGAGGAAGCGGCCAGCAAGCAGGCCUCGUUUACGUGAGCGCGGCUGGGCAAGGCUAUGGGUGGCGGCACGACGAGCGCCGUGCUCAGCCGGUGGCAUGAAGACGAGGACAGACAUACAGGGCAAAAAUGCCACCCACCCAAAUGAGCUUGGGGGUCGACGCCGCCUCCACACUGCCGGGACGCCCCACUCAGUGCACGCCCCCCCGUCCCCCGGAGUGGGACUUCCUGUGUUCAGUUCAGGGAUACUGUCACCAAAGUAAAGAGCGACAGAGUCUCUCACAACUCUGAGCUUUCAUUUUAGGGCUUAGAAACCAGGACACCAGUUGGUGCCUUCAUAUUUAUAUUUAUUUAUUAAAGAGUCAUCCAGCUGGGUGAGGGAUGUAUAAUUUGCAGUGUAUCCAAGCUAUAUAUUUUAAUAUUUAAUAUAUGAUUCUGGGUGUAGGUCAGAUUACUCUGUUCUGUGUAUUCUGGUAGGAGGCUGGUUUAGGCCCAGUCUAUGCAUGAGCUUUGUCACAGACUCACUGCCCAGAGGUCCAGGCAACCUGAUAGCAUUGCUGCAGCUUGUGAGGAAGGUUGCGUGUAAAUCAGGGGGCGUGUCUCUCUCAGGACGCUGUGGAUCCACUGUGGGGAAGGAGUUCUUCACCUGCUUUUGUCAAUGUGUCUGUGUGAGUGAGUGAGUUUGAGAGAGAGAGAGAAUUUUUGUAGUUUCCCCCAAGAGGGUCUUACAGGACACAGCAUUUGGAUGAUCCUGCACUGAAUGAUGUUGGAACACCACAUGACCACCCCAUGUCAUUGGUCCACAGGAAGGACAUUAGCGAGGCAGAGCAUUGCCUGGCCUUCACUGCACAUAAACUGUUUUGUGUUUGAGACGCACAGUCCAGCAGUGCUACAGUGGCAGCCUGAUGGUCCAGCAGUGGAGCUGUUGUAGUGCCAAUCCGUAAGCUCUGCUGGACAUUUGAUGUGCUUCAGCUCCCAUUAAACUGUGUUUAUACUGUUUAAUUAAAGUCAUUGUUGGAACAGGGGCCACUCUCUCCAGAGGUGGUUCAUUGAAAGAUGACAUCAGAAUCUGCCACUGCUUGGGGAAAAAGGUAGAAAUUUACUACCACUGUGAAAAUACUGAGAGACUCCGUGUGUGUGUGUGUGUGUGCGUGCGUGUGUGCGUGCGUGCGUGAGACAGGAAAGGUUUACUGUGUAAGAACCCGCAUUCACAAUGCGACUAAGCAAGAAAUUUGUCUGAUGUUAGCAGACAAAACUAAGCUGUCUUUUGAUAUCAAUAGGAAACAAAAAAAUUAAAUAACAUAAAACUGUUACAUUUAAAAAUCACACCGAAUACUUUUGUGCCUAAUAUGAUUAUUAGGAUGCGUAUUGUAAGAGUGACGUGGAUCCAUGAUGUGCUGAUGGUCUGUGUAAGUUGCCGGGGAAGGUGUAGAAUGUCGCACUAGUGUGCAGAGCCUGCACAGCUGUUCAUUUCAUUAGUAUCAGUAACACUAGCUGUCAGCUAUAGGCAAUUGUGCUAUAGAUUAAUGGAUGGAAAAAAAGGAUUUGCUGCCUCGCUGCAGGUCAGCAACUUGGUAUUUCAUUAGUUUUAAGUCUUUAUUGCAGACAUCCCACCUCUCCCAGAAGUUCUGGGAGUCUCCCGCAAAUCGACAGCAGCUCCGACACCCGCAAAUGAUGUGCAAUGUCCCGGAAAUCUGUCGUUUUGCUAUUCAGUUGUGGAAAAUUAGCCGGCUAGAAGUUUUACUGCUGCAACCUUGCCCCAAAUUUUACACCCACACCCCAGUCGGCAAUAUAUAGCACUACAGUAAUACCAGCCAAGCACUGGCCAGCACCCCCACCCUCCCGGAUGCCCCUCAUCUGCCUCCCUGAAAUCAAUAUCCCUAAGGUGGGAUGCUUGUUAUUGGUGGGAAAUGUCGGGAAUUAUGAAGGGAUGUUUAAUGCUUGAACUAGGAGACACUAUAUAAAUGGGGCUGAGGCAAAUAUACAUAAACAUAUGAGCAUCAGUAUGUUUUGUCUUUCCAAAGGGAGAUUAAAUGUAAAUAUUGUAUGUUUAUAAUUACGACAGUUUGGGAAAUCACAUCUAUUUCUGGAUAUCAAGGCUGACAGCCAUGUAGCUUGAUAAAGAUCCUUAUGAACAGCUAUUCAGUUUAGGUUUUGUCUUGAAACAUCCAGUGACUCAUGAAGACUGAUGUGGAGGCCAACCUCAUUAUAGGAAGAUGUUCUGUUUUAUAAACUGCUUAGAGAAAAUUUAUCUGAAAAAAAGAUUUAUAUGUUUUGAAAUUGAUAGGAUGCAUGCAAUUAAAUGGCUAAAUUAAUUGUGACCACUGUACUUAGGGGACUGGGGUUUCUGCGAAUGUUACAGGAAGCCUAAACACCUUAAUGACACCAACAAAGGAGACAUGAAAGUAUUCAUUUCAGGCAGAUGCAGUGAUUUUUACCGGGCUGCCAUGGAAAUUUCUCCUAGGACAAACUUCCUAUGUUUUGCUUGUUUACAUUGUUAGCCAGCUCCCUUUCGGAAAUGUAGCCGUGUUUUGAAUAAGCGCUGAUUGAUGCUCCGGGGAAUAAUCAUGACCAUGUAACACUAUAAGAGGUUAGAGGAUGGAUGGAGCAUUUAUGACGGUGUGGUUGCCGUGUUUGUAACACCAGCUAAUUAUCGAUAUUCAGUUAGAGUUUAUGUGCAGCUGAAGGAGAGUAAUCAAGGGCAUUUUAUGAUUUCAUCUUGUACAUUUUUACUUAAACAUUUUGGCAGGUCAAAAACGUGAAAAUUCUCAUACAAUGGAAGUUGUGUUUAUAGAUUGCAUUUUGUUCAAUGCAGACGCUUGCUUUAAAAUUCAAAUAGAUUGUUUUUAAUUGAAGAAUAUUAUAACUGUACUGUAGCUAAAUUAUUGCUGCAGACCUCAUAAAAUAAAGUCUGGGAAAGCGAAAGAGGACUGCUAAGCACAGGGCACAUUCACAUCUACGUGUGUUUACUCCCAAUCAGCUGAUGUUCUGAAGUUUCUCAUGAAACGAGUGAGGUGGUGGUCAGUUAUACUGGUUUUGCAUUAUCUACAGAAUUUAACAGGUUUGUCAACUCACAGAUCACCCUUCAGUCUUACACAAAUGUCACAUUGCAUAUUUAUCUCGAGCUGUAUUCUGUCACAUCUAGAGCAGAUGUUUCCUACUUUCUACAAAACUGGACUAUAAUGGCUUUAAUUCUACUUAUUUUUAAACUAAAGAUCUAUGUUUUUCAAUAUUGAAAAAUGAAGUACUUAAUACUUUAUUAUACAUUCAUGUGGCAUUUCUAAAGUUAUAUGAUGUACAAACGUUAGAUAAUGACACAGACAUAUCCAAACUGUCACCUUAAUUGCUGGUUACUGUAAAUAAUGUACAUACUUCAAAUGUUACUUUAACAAUAAACCCUUGUUUAAA